AUGUCAUCCAUCUCGAUUGCAACUCUCCCCCGCAUGGGCCGUGAUGUUCUAGCGGCCCUGCUAUCAACUAGCGAACUAAGCAAUCUAGCGAUUGUUGACGUCCGAGACUCAGACCACAUUGGUGGUCACAUCCACUCAUCAACUUGGGUCCCCAGCUCAAGUCUGGACGUGCGCAUGCCUGAGCUUAUCCGCACUCUCAAAGACAAGAAAACCGUUGUCUUCCAUUGUGCACUCAGUCAGCAGCGUGGUCCCUCUGCUGCCCUUCGCUAUGCCCGCGAGCGCGAGAGCGCGCUUGGCGCAGAGGAGAGCCAGAAGCAACAAGUAUUUGUGCUCGAGGGUGGGUUUGUGGAAUGGCAGCAGAAGUAUGGCAACGAUACUAAACUGACCGAGGCUUAUGUUGCGGAUAUUUGGGAGGAAUAUUAG